AUGGUCAAAUCCAAAGCCACCUCAAAACGUGUCGAAAAAGUGAAGACGAAAAAAGGAAAACGAGUUUUGGAGGAUCGCGCGUCGAAAACUGUGGAAAAUGACAAAAAAGCGCUUUUUUGUCGCGGUGCAAAAACCAACGAGAUUUUGAAUAGUGCAAUGGCCGAUUUGUAUGAUUUGAAGAAACCGUUGACGGUGAAAAUGGACAAGUUUGUGGAUUUUUCGGGUGGAAAAUGGGGUUUUGGGGUAAAAAAUGAGGAAUUUCGACCCUUAAUUGAUAUUUUUGAGCUGAAAAUGUUCAGAAAUGAGUUUUUUGCCCAAAAAUUCAUGGGAAAACCUCAAAUUUUGGAUUUUCAGCUUCUAGUAGUAUUUUUUAGCUUGAAUUUGUCAAAAAUGAGGCAUUUCGUCCUCAAAUUGAUAUUUUUGAGCUGAAAAUGAUCAGAAAUGAUUAAUUUUCACCUGAACCCCAGGGUUUUACCCUAAAUUAAGGUAAUUCCCAUCCAAAUUCAUUUUUUAGCUGAAAAAUCAUGAAAUCAACAGUAUUGCUCAUGUUAAACUCAAAAUUUCCUGGAAAUUUCAAUUUUUCAAACUAAAACUUAACGAAAACUGGUAUUUUCAUGAAAAUCGACAGAAUUGCUCAUGUUAAACUCAAAAAAUCUCCAAUUUUUCUUUCCAGACACAAUCAAUAUCAUCUUUUCGAAGACGAAACUCCAGUUGUUCGAGCCGGCUCAAAAUUCGACUCAUCUCUCUUCGUUUUGGCCUCAAAUUCGAAAAAACGCCCGAAUUCAAUGACUUUUGGUCGAACCUAUGAUGCACAAUUAUUGGAUAUGGUUGAAAUGAAAAUUGUCGCCUAUCAAUCGUCUUCGAAUUUUGAGGUGAGGCUUUUUGGGAUCAAAUUUGGAGUGUUUUGAGAGUCUUGAAAAUUUCGAAAAUUCCCCCAAAUCCCAUUUUCCAGGCUCCAAAACAAACUCUUGCCUCAAAACCAUGUGUAAUUCUCGAAGGAGCCGCCUUCGAAUCGGAUCCAGAUAUGAAAAGAGUCGGAAAUUUGAUGAUUGAUUGGUUCCGCGGUCCAAAUGUUGAUCGAAUUCGACUUGAAGGCUUGGAAACUGUCAUUGUUUUUACAGCUGUUGAUGAAACACAUUUGGCGAUGAGAGUUUAUAGGUUGGUGCAUUUUUGGGGGAAUUUUUGAAGCGGAAUUCAAGAAAUUUGAAGGUUUUUGAGCUAUAAAACUUGAAAAAUCGAUAUUUUGAGCCAAAGACUCUUAAAUUUUAAUUUUUUGAUUUUUUGAACCACAAUUCAGGAAAUUUGAACGUUUUCGAGCUAGAAACCUUGAAAUUCCGGAUUUUAUCAAAAAAUAUCGAUCUUUGAGUGAAACUGAGCUGAAAUCCGUUAAAUUUGCAGUUUUUUGAGCUAGAAACCUUGAAAAAUGGAAUGAUUUUCGUCCCACAAGGCGAAAAACAGGAUUUUUCAGAUGGAUAGGGCUUCUGAAGCCCAAAAUUUAAGAAAUUUGAAGGUUUUUGCAUUAGAAACCUUGAAAUUCCAGAUUUUACCCAAAAAUAUCGAUUUUCCAGUGAAACUGAGCUGAAAUGCGUUAAUUUUCCAUUUUUUUUUUGAGCUAGAAACCUUGAAAAUUGGAUUUUUCGAUGAUUUUUGAACCAAGAGCUCAAAAUUUGUGAAAAUUCAAAUUUUCAAGCUGAAAAUGAUGAAAAUUUAAAUUUUUCGCAGACCACUUCUCAAAAAAUCGGCAACCGCAACUCCACGCGUCGAAUUGGCCGAAAUGGGACCAUCGUUGACUUUUGAAGUGUUGCGCAAAAAAUUGGCCGACGAAAUGCUGUUCAAAUUGGCGUGUAAGAAACCGAAGGCGUUGUUGGUGAGUUUUUUGAGCCGUGGAGUGAAAUUUGGAUCAUUUUGAGUGUAAAUUUGAUGAUUUUGAGCUGAAAUUGAUUUUUUUUCACGAGAAAAUCUCAUUUUUUGAGGCAAAAUUUAUGAAAAAUUGUUUUAAAACCCAAUUUUCCUCUCCAAAAUCCAUUUUUUUGCAGAAAAAACGAAGAAAGAAUUUGUCAGAAGACGUUUUCGGAAAUCAAUUGGCUCGAGUCCACGUUGGAAAACAAAGAACCGAUGAUAUUCAAGUUCGAAAAGUUAAAGCGCUCAAAAAAACACCGUUGGUUGAAGCUCCACCUGCUGAAAAUCCAAUUGAAAUUGACGAAGAUUAA